CAUGAUUGCGCAUGCAAAUUCUUUAAGAGUUUAAGUCGACUGUGAAAACUUCCCUUUUUAAAAAUGCAUUUUUAGUUUUGGGGAAAGAGCAUCUGGUAUAUUCUGCUACUAAUGAGUCUACUGAGAGGGAAGUUGCUGAUUAAAAUGCUCUGGUAAAUGUGAGAAUAUGCAAAGAGGAAGCAUCUUAGCAGUAGUUCAUUUCCAGUAAAAGCUACGAGGUAGAAGACUUUUGUCCUGCUUGAAAAUGAAUGCACACACAGUCUGGUGGCUAACACUUCUGGCCCUCAUAAAAGAUUGUUCUUGUUCCCAAAAAGACAACCCCUUUGUUUUAGAGAGUCCUACGUUGACAGCAAAAGAGGGGUCCUGCAUUGAAAUUAAAUGUAAACCAACAGUGAAAAGCUAUAUCAGUUAUCAUGAUAAUAACUGGUUUUGGAUAAAAGACCCAAAAUGGAGUGACGUUUUGAAAAAUUUUAAUGGAACUAUUGUUUACAGCAAACAUAAGCAGCGUCCUGUCAGUCCACUUUUUGAAGACAGAGUACAUUAUGUUGUUGAUUCCUCUAAAUCUGGACCAGAAAAACUGUGUAAUAUUUUGAUCUGUGACCUGAAAACAACUGACAGUGGGAAUUAUUCGUUCAGAUAUGACAAUAACCCAGACAAAUGGAUAACAGACCCAGGGACAAACCUUACAGUUGUGGAAAAUAAAUGUCCGAUCACGUUUGAGAAACCACCUGUUGUGGUGGAGAAUCAGGUGGUAAACCUGACCUGUUCUACAUUGAGUUCAUGUACGUCAAAUCUAACAAUUGACUCGCCGAUGCAACAACCAUCAACAGGUCUGUCAGAGCAUUUCAAUGCCUUAAACAGUGAAGACAUGACACCAAGAAGCAUCACAUACAGCUUUAAGACCAACUGGAUGCAAAAUGGGAUUGAAUUUUCAUGCCAAACAUCAGACAACGAGGACAAGUAUCUGGUCAGAAAUGUCAGCUUAACCGUAGAAUAUGCUCCUCGAGAUGUAAGGGCUAAGAUAAGCUCUGAACAAGUGAAGGAAAACGAUCCUGUGACUUUAACUUGCUCUGCCAAAGGGAAUCCCAAUGUCAACUUUAGCUGGUUUCAAAAUAAUAAAAUGUUGGAAUUCUCAGAUCCUGAGAUAACUUUCACUUCAGCUGAGGUUUCACACGAUGGAUUAUACUACUGUGAAGCUAAGAAUAAACACGGGACGGACAAAUCUAACAAAUUUAAUGUUACUGUUUUAUAUGCGCCUGAAGUUUAUGUACAAAAACUGCCCGAAACCAUUAAAGAAGGAGACAAGAUUUCUCUUACAUGCAAUGUGAAGAGAAGCCAACCACCGCCUAGCUCAUUUUAUUGGCUCAAAGAUGGGGUCGAAUUUAAAGAUGGGGUUGAAUUUAAACAAAAACAGACAUAUGUUUUUACCAGUAUCCAGCCAACAGACAGUGGGGACUACAGUUGUACGGCCACUAACACUGUGGGUUCUGGGACAUCAAAAUCUUCUUCUCUGAUGGUUGAAUAUAAGCCAAGGAGCAGCAGCGUUUCCAUUCAUGGUACUGAUGUUAAUAACGAAGUGAGAGUUAACAGCCACAUUACGUUUACCUGUGACUCAUCAGCGUAUCCAGCACCAUGGUACUCCUGGUUUAGUUACAAACAGUCAAAUCCUUCAGAGAGGACAUUAAUCAGCAAUCAAAAGAUUUUUAGUUUAAAGCCAGUUCAAAGAACUGAUGAAGCCUGUUACACCUGCAACGCAAGCAACAGUAUCGGUGAGGGGGCCUCUAGUGAACCCACUUGCAUACGAGUGCGCUUUCCUCCCACCAAUCUCACGCUGUCUAUGGAAACUAAGGUCAGAGAAGGCGACUCCAUCACUAUCACCUGCUCUGCUGAAAGUUUCCCAGCAUCAACCUUUCUGCUCAAAAGGUCAAAUAUUCAGUCUCCAGAAUGGCAAGUCAGUAGCAAGUCUCAACAAUCUGACAACAUUUUCCAGCAUAGUUUUACAGCAACUCCAGCCCAAGCCGGCUCUUACAUCUGCAUCGCCUCAAACGGCGAAAACACAACAAAAAGCAAAGAGAUGACACUGGUCGUUGAAUAUGCUCCAAAAGAGGUGACAGUAUCACCUUCACCUGAGCUUGUUGUGAAAGAAAACAGUUCGUUCUCUUUGGCGUGCAGUGCCCAUUCUAACCCACCAGUCAAACUGUUCACCUGGAAUAAGGAUAGAAACAAUCAGCUGAACAAGAACACACAGAAUUAUUCUGUAGUUUCUGCCAGUCCGUCUGACAGCGGACUGUACAACUGCAUAGCAGAAAAUGAGGUUGGACCUGGAAACUCACAGACAAUUGAGGUUAAAGUCAUGUAUGCCCCCAAAAAAACAACCAUCAUAAAAGGGGAGGAGGUUCAGCUGCAUGAUGGGAAGCGUUCUGUAAAACUGAGUUGCAGUAGUAACGGUUACCCUGAUGCCAAAUAUUACUGGUACAGUAAAACAAAGGUUCCAGUGUUUGAAGGUCGGACCUUCACAGUGCACUCAGACAAAGCCGGAGCGUACUACUGUGUUGCAGUAAAUGACAUGGGUCAAAAAUCAUCUGACCUGAUCGAGCCCUUUAAUGACAUUGUUAGGACGAUUGUGCUGUCUGUGCUUCUGAUUUGCCUUUUCUUGUUUAUAGUCAUAAUUAUCAUCAGAUCAUGCAGAUACAAUAUAAGAUCAGUUCAACACAGAGCUGCAAACACAUGGCCCUGUGGUGGUUUUCUGGCAGGGUGGACUAGAGACAGAAGGAGGACUACAGAGAGUGAGAUGGGUUUGGUAGGGCCUUUCAGGAGCAGAGAUGACCUCUUGACAGAUCAGCCCUGCCGUCCGAAUGCCCAACAACACCAACCUCGUCCAGACGUCACGUCUGCAUCCAACAUCAACACUGUUUACUGCACUGUGAAACCAUCUCAUGUACAACAGGCUCCCUCUGCACAAAAGCCAGCGAGACAGCAGGCUGGACAUGAGGACGACUCUCUCAACUACGCUUCUCUGCACUUUCAAAAGAAGCAGAGGGAACCAGAGGAUGCCAUUUACUCUAAAGUGUCCAAACCAAUGUCAAAGCCAACUAAAGAGAAAGAAGAAGGAGAGCAGAGGGACUAUGAGAAUGUCUCAGCUGUGCUUGCAGUCAAACAUUUCAAUCUUUAUGAAUCAGACUCAGACACCAGUGAUGAAGAGGAGGACGUGGGUUACACUCAGGUGAACAUAAGACAACAGAGAGCCAAGAGCAGCUCCAGCAGCUCCACAAGCUCAGAGGAUUCGACUGAGUACUCUCACGUCAAAAUCUGACCUGACUUUGACCUGAAAUGGGUCUUUAUCAGCAAACUUGCUUAUUGUAAAUAUGGGUUAAAAUCUUCUAUUGUAUUGUUUUCCUUUAUUAUUAUUUUGCUUAUAGACAUAACUUUUGAGCAACUCUGCUUUAAUUAAUGUGCAUUAACAAGUACUAAACAAGAGGCGAUUUUGCUGCAUCAUAAGCUAAAAUUUACCGCAAUAAUUCAAUGUAUAAAAAGAGAAUUACUUCACAUAAAAAGAUGAGAUUGUUGUUCAUGUUUCACAGCUACAUUUCUGGAGAGGCUGCGUUUUACAUGUACAUACUGCAUAUGGUUCUAUAUCAUAAAUCGCUUCAACUUUAGUCUUUGAUGACUUAUCCACAGAACUAAAUAAAAAAAAAACACACACAGAUAAAUACACAUACAAAGUUAUGAUUAAGGUUUUCAUAAAGUUUUUAUCAAAUAUUACUUCUUCAUUCUGCUUCUUUCAGUCGACAGGAAGGAUUUUAUUAAAGAGACAAAU